AUGCUGACCUCGCCGCCACCUGCGCAGCUGGGCCCAGCAGCGGGCCCUCCUGGACCGGCGGCGUUUUCGGAGGUCGCAGCUGGUCGCGCGGUCCACGGUGCCGCGGUGGGUCCAUGGAAAAGCUCCAGAAAGAGUGGACAAUGGGCUGCCUGGGUCGUAGCGAGUUCACUGCGGAUCACCGGGCGGUUGCGGCGCCAACGCCGUGGCUCCUUUCCACGUCGCGUUGUGUGCGUCCAUGCGGAGCCCUCAGCGGAGCCGUCCGCGGAGCCGUCCGCGGAGCCGUCCGCGGAGCCGUCCGUGGGGCCGGCGGAGCCUUUGCUGGGGAAGCGCCCGAAAGUCAGAUACCUUUGGCAAGUGCCACAAGCAGCUGGUCCAGAGAUUGCAUUGGUGGGCCGCUCCAAUGCGGGAAAGAGCACACUCUUGAAUUGCAUUUUGGCCUCGCGUGACCUGCGCGGUGUCGCGGCCACCAGCUUUCAGGGCGGCCGCACACGGACGUUGAAUUGGUAUCCUAUGGGCUACGAGGAGCCCAUUGGCUGGGCUGGCAAUGGCGUGCGGCUCAAGGUGCAAAGCGAGCCAGAGUCCUCCAUCUCGCCCCAGUCCAUCGAAGCAGAGGUGAUCGCCGCUGGCAAGGGCUGCUGCCUAGUGGACUGCUUUGGCCUAGGCACGGUGGACUACUCUUUGAGAGCUGCGCGGCUCCAAACCUGGGCUCCCCUGCUGCAGGGCUUUGUGAGCGAACGCCGGGCCUUGGGUAUGGUUUGCCACCUGGUGAGCUGCGAGCAGCAGGGACAACUCUCCGAAGGUGAUGAGCAGCUGGUGGAGAUCUUUCAAAAGUGUGAGAAAGAAAGGGUUCGCCGCCAGAUCGCGCCCUUUCGUUACGUGGUAAUCCUCACCAAGACAGACCUGGCGUCCAGCCCGGCUGAUGUGGAGCGCUUCGCCGAGCAAGUGGGUGCACGGCUGAAGGAGAUGGGCCAGACUGUUUGGAAGAUCGUGACGUGUACAUCAAUGAGUGAGGAUGGUUCAGGCAUCCGGGAGGUUGCAGAGAUCAUCGACGAAGCCAAGAAGGUUGGCUGGGAAGACCUCCCAGAGUGGAUCGAGGAUGCCUUUCUGACGCCGCGCCCGCCGGGCGGGAAGACCACCACGCAGCGGCGUGAGCUUCGAAACAACUUCACGCAGUACAUGAAGAACGGCCGUGAGAUUCCUGGUGACGCCUUCAGCCUCAACCGGGAUCUCCACGGAUACCCGCUCUUUCCGCACGUUUACACCAAAGAAGCGACCUUCUCGGUCUCCUUCGAUGGGCGGGGUGGCGCGCCUCCCUUGCUGGGCGGCUUCUCGUGGAUUUCCACCGCGCCGAAGGGCGUCUUGGCGCCACAUCCCAAGCAGCCCAAACCAGGCGAAGGAAUGGAGGACGUGCAGGAGGAGGGGGGCGACUCGGGGGGCGGCUUCGUGCUCACCGCCUACGGCUGGCGCACGGCCGCUGAAGCGGGAGUGUCCGCCUCCACGCAGGAAUGGAGAGGAGCAUUGGAUGCUUACGUGAAGCACUUCAGCUCACUCCUUGAGCUGGAGUACGAGGCAGAGAAGGAAGCAGUGCUGGAACGGGUCAAUAAGCGAAAUCCCAACCAGUUAGUUGCAGAUGGGACUGGUAUCGUGGGCCUCGGCGCGGAGUUCGAUCGCAGCGCCGGCCGCAUCACGCUGUACUACGAGUGGGGUGCUGUGCCAUACCUCAGCGAGAUUUCCAGAGGUCGCACGGUACUGAUCAGCACGGUGGAUGGCGGCGUGGAUGUGGAAGACGCCACGAGGACCAUCUCGGGCGAGGUGGAGGCAAUCUCAAGUGAUUGCAUCAUGGUUGUGACCACGUACGAGCGUUUGCCCGCCGGCAGGCGGGGUGGACGCAAUCAUUUGUUUCGCGUGGACCUAGGGCCAAACAUCGUGGCCUACAAACGUUGGGUGCCCAGAGCGGUGCUUGGCCAGUGCAGCAUGCAUCGUGCGGUCUUGGUGCUCUUGGUGCGCUCGUGUACAGGCCUCUUCUUCGAGUUGAAGGCUCAAAGCGCCGGCCCUGCCGAAUGCUUCAAGGUGUCUCCUGGUAGAGGUCACCUGGUCCACGGCAGCUACGAGGCCGAUGGUCCCAACGAGGGCGUCGUGGUGAAACUGACCACCAGCUCUGGCAAGGAGCUCUUCAGAAAUGCCAGCCCUUCUGGGAAGUUUAGCAUCGAGGUGACGGAGGAGUCGCCUCAUAGCUUGUGCUUCACCAGCGUGGCCGAAGAGAGUCAGAUGGUGAGUUUCAACUUCCACGUGGAUGAGCACGGCGAUGGAAGUCAUCACGAUAAGGAGCACAUGGAAUAUGUCACGAAAGAGCACACCGACAGGGUGGAGGAGCUGGUUGGCAAGCUGCAUGCAAAAGCCAACGACAUUCUGGACCAACAGCGGUAUGCAAUUACUCGCGAGGCGGUCCAUCGGGAGACGGCGGAGUCGACCAACGCCCGAGUGAUGUGGUGGACCUUUGCGGAGGUGGCUGUGCUGAUUAGCCUGGCGGCUUUUCAGCUCACAUACCUCCGAAACCACUUCGAGCAGAAACAGAUCGUCUGA